AUGUCUUUAAAACUUUAUUUUUUUUUUACGUUUCUCUGUAGUUAUUUUCCCUUAUUAGAAGCAAAUUUUGGUGUCGAUGAAUUAAGUAACCUGAUCCAAAAUACCGGUUGGAAAAUGAUUUCUGAAUUGUUGUCAAAACAAAAUCCUAAAAAGAUUGGUUUUAAAAGAAACAUAAUUUUUGUAGAUAAGACUUUAAAGAACUGGACUCCAAAUAAAAUAAUUAUUAAUGAAAAUAAUUUUGAAAAAAUAUUGAAAGAGGUUACACAGAUUUUAUCCAGUUAUUAUGCAUUGGAGUUAUAUACUAUUAUGAAGCUAUUAAAUAAUUACUGGACAAACUACAGGACACAUGCAAAUCCAUUGGCUAUUCAAUGGACCUAUGACUUGGCUAAGGAAUUAUACGAAGAAUUGGAUCGAAUGGCUAAUGUAUUAUUAUUCUUAUUAAAACAAAACUAUAGUAGUAGUACCAUUAGAGCUACUCUUAAUUUUCGAAUAUUGUGUCCUAAAAUUUUAGCCCUUGUUGAUGAACCAGUAAUCAGUUAUUUGAAAGUUUUAGAGAGCUUUUUUAAGGAUAAUUUCGGAGAAUCUGAAUAUAAUGAGUUUUAUAUUAUUUCUGAUAUUGAUGAAGUACUAAAUAUUAUGUUGCAAGAUACAUAUUUUGGCUCAGAAAAUAAAAUAACAUAUAUUAAAGAUCAAGUUAUGUUAAGAUAUUAUCAUUUAAUAGAAGUUAAUAAAAAGUUGGGCUUUAAUUUUGAUGAAAAAAAUAAAAUAGUUGGACUAUAUAGAUGAUUAGCCAGCAACAAGAUCAUUGUAAUUUUAUAAAAUUUGUUAGUAAAAUUUAUAGUAUUAUAAAAGCUUUUAAAAAUGGAAAACGUUUGCAAAUAGACUAACAGUUCAACUUUUCUUGUUUAUUUAUGUUUACAGUCCUUAUAAGUAAAAUGCUGUUAAAAUAUUUUAUUAAUUUUUAAUUUUAGAACUUAUUUAAUUAAAUAAUAAUAUUAAUGUAAUUUAGUUUAAUUUAUGUAUCAAAUUC